UAUACAUAGAGAGGAUCUGAGUCAGUAGCUUGUGUACUUCUAUGUAUACACCACUAGUAUAUUACCACCAACAUAGUAUUGCUAGUGUUUAGCAUUACUCAUCCUCAGCUGAUGCACAUGCUUCACAAACACACACCCAACUAGUACUCCAUUCAAUAAACCCCUCAUUUAUUAAUCCUUCUCUUUUCUUCUGAAUCUCUGAUCUCUCUGUUCUCUUCUUUCCUCUCUUCACGCGCUUUUUCUUGGAUUCGAUCUUGACUUAACACAACACAAUACACAUUACUCCACGCACAGAUCCGUACAAAUUUGCUUCUUUUUCAUGCUGCAGUUGUAAAGAUUUCAACUUUACUCAAAUUGAGGAAAUGGGUCUGUGUUAGAAGUUUGUUUUCUGGUCAAAAUCAGAUUUUUUUUUUGUUCUUGAAACCAAGGCAAAAUGAUCAGCAAAACGCUUUUUUUGACUUAUUUUUACUUGUUUAUCUACAUCUUGCUUUCUUCUGGUGUCAUUUUGUACAACAAGUGGGUUUUAUCUCCUAAGUACUUUAACUUUCCACUUCCCAUCACACUUACUAUGAUUCAUAUGGGUUUUUCUGGAGCUGUUGCGUUUUUACUUGUUCGGGUGUUUAAGGUUGUAUCGCCGGUUAAAAUGUCGUUUGAAAUAUAUGCAACUUGUGUGAUACCAAUAAGUGCCUUCUUUGCAUCAAGUCUCUGGUUUGGUAACACGGCAUAUUUGCACAUUUCUGUGGCUUUUAUCCAGAUGCUUAAAGCUCUGAUGCCAGUUGCAACUUUUCUUGUGGCUGUUUUAUGUGGCAUUGACAAAGCAAGGUGUGACGUGUUCUUCAACAUGCUGCUAGUUAGUGUUGGAGUUGUCGUUUCCUCCUACGGGGAAAUUCAUUUUAAUAUAGUUGGUACACUUUACCAGGUCACAGGCAUCUUUGCAGAAGCUUUUCGACUCGUCUUAACACAAGUCCUUUUACAGAAGAAGGGCUUGAGUUUAAAUCCCAUCACAAGCUUAUAUUACAUAGCUCCAUGCAGUUUUGUGUUUCUAUUUGUGCCUUGGUACCUUUUGGAAAAGCCCAUGAUUGAAGUUUCACAGAUUCAGUUCAAUUUUUGGAUUUUCUUUUCAAAUGCUCUUUGUGCUCUAGCCUUGAACUUCUCCAUUUUCUUAGUGAUUGGUAGAACCGGUGCUGUAACCAUCCGGGUUGCCGGUGUGCUUAAAGACUGGAUAUUAAUAGCCCUCUCAACAGUUAUAUUUCCAGAAUCUACAAUAACUGGACUGAAUAUAAUCGGCUAUGGUAUUGCUCUAUGUGGAGUUGUGAUGUACAAUUACAUAAAGGUCAGGGACGUCCGAGCCUCUCAAUUAACCGCUGAAAGUAUUCCCGAUCGAAUCACCAAGGACUGGAAACUUGAGAAGAAGUCAUCUGAUAUUUACGUGCCUGAUAACGCCGGCAACAAUGAAGGAAUCGGUGGUGGCAAUGGUUCUGCCUCUGAUACAAAUAUUGAUGUAGAAACACCACUAAUUUCUUCAUCAAGGUUGUCUCAUAUUGGCCGUACGCAACUAACCAGCCAUGCAACAGGGAAAUGAUAAUUCAAAUUUAGGGUUCAUUUUAUGUCUUCUUCUUUUUGAAAGAGAACAAGAAAUAGGAAACUGAGUCAAAAUGCACCAUAUUCCUCUCAUUCAUUUUAGAUUAUAUGUAUGUUAUGCUAUAUAAUGAAAUCACCCUUGCUCGCACUAUGUAAUUACAUUCAUGGGUUUUAAGAACAAGGUAAAUCCUAUAAUAGUGAUUUUAGAAUUAUUUA